AAAAAAAGAAGAAGAAGAAGAAGCACGUGACGCAGGAUGAGACUAUGGCUACAGAUUGUGGCGUCACUGCUUGCGCGUGCAAAGGCAUCCGGCGGUGUCUCCAGUGUGACACUUUAAAGGGACAGUCGGAGGUGAAUAGACCAAAGAUUGUGCAUCAUUUUCUCUACGACGCUGAGACGAGGCUCGCAAUUCGCAAAGAGGCGCAGGCUGCGUCCUUUGCCUUUCCCGGUGUCUUCCUGCGGGAGAACUUCAUAUCGGAAGAAGAGGAGAAAAAGCUGAUGAGCGCGAUGGACCAGGAUUCGUGGAAUGAGUCUCAGUCUGGUCGAAGGAAACAGGACUUUGGACCAAAGAUUAACUUCAAGAAAAAGAAAGUGCGUGUUGGUGGCUUCAGUGGACUACCUGCUGUGAGCCAAAAACUAGUGCUCCGAAUGCAAAAAGAGCCAAAUCUAGCUGGCUUUCAUCCAGUGGAGCAGUGCAAUCUGGAUUACCACCCUCAGCGGGGCUCCGCCAUCGAUCCCCACCUCGACGACUCCUGGCUGUGGGGGGAGCGGCUCGUCACCAUCAACUUGUUAUCAAACACGACACUCACCAUGUCCCUCGAACGGGGUCUGCCAGAGUUGGGACUAGCAGAGGAGGUCCAUGUAGCCGUUCGUCUCCCUCGCAGGUCUUUAGUGGUGUUGUACGGCGAGGCACGGCACAGAUGGAAACAUGCCAUUCAUAGGGACGAUGUUCAGGAGCGCAGAGUUUGCAGCACCUACAGAGAGCUGUCUGCAGAGUUCCUACCCGGAGGGCAGCAGGCAGAGCUGGGAGCUCAGCUGUUGAACAUUUCUUUAAGCUUCAAAGGAACUCCACUAUAGGCUCGUCUGAUGAUACAGAACAGUGGUGGGGGUCCAGACUCCUUGGGUGACUUGAUACAGUUCAAGUCAGACAUGCAUUUCUAUGAAAUAGAAUUGUAUAAAUGUAAUUAUUACAUGUUUUUUGUUUUUUUAACCAGAGUAUGAAAUGCAGCAUUUGCGAUCAUGAAUUAAAACAAAACCAAUCAAAUCCACAAAAGCGGAUCAAAUAAUGGGUCAUAAAACAAUCCUCUAUAGUAACGGGUUGUUUUUCAAAUGAACUCAAUACCAGCUGUCUUUAGAAGCCAUAUUUUCUGCAGACCUCAUUCUUUUUAAUUCUCUUUUCAUAAAAAAAGAAGAAAAAAAAGAAGAAGAAAACCACUUCCUUACACACUCUGCCUCACAUUGUUUUGUUUUUUAUGUAGAGUGGGUACUUGCAUUUCCUGCAGUGGUGACUGGAACUGGGGUGUGGCCGAAUUUCCUCCCAACACACACCAGCUGUGCCGCUGGUGUGGCGUUCAGCUGUAACGUGAGGAGCACUGCGAGCUCAGGUGAUCAGAAGUCGCUGCAGUACAGAAGCGUCAUAAAGAAUGUGAAGAUGUCAAAGCUCUUCAUCUCUGCUGCCGCUCGCAUAUUGCCAAACACUCCUAAAAAGGAUUGUAUUUUGUAUUUAUAUCAUUCAUCUGCAUGGUAGCUAGUAACUGCAGUUGUCAAAAGUGUAAACAAAAAGCAAGCAAGUAAAAGUCCUGCAUUCAAAAUCGUAAGUACAAAUCUAUCAUCAUCAAACAUAUACUUAACAUAAAAAAUAAUCUAAUGGGUUAUUCAAUUUAAGUACUUUAAAUUGGAUUGGAUUGUGUUUUAUACCGUGUACAUCACAUUAAUAUUACAUGCUCUGCGCUACUGCCGGGCAGUGUAAAAAAAAUAUAUAUAUAUAUAUA